CACUGAACCAUUUGUCUGUUUUUAAAUAAAUCCAAAAACCUUCCGCUCCUCCUUCCUCCCCCCCUCCUCCCUCACCCGCCGCUUCACUUUAACUCCCUCCCAUGUCCGUUCCCCUCGACCAGCUCCAACCCCCGCCCUCUGCCGCCGCUAUCCACCCUGCCCAGGGCUCCGUCGGCCCCGUCAUCGCCGUCCUUGCCGUGAUUUCCAUCCUCGGCUUCAUUGCCGGCAUGAUCGGCCGCGUCUGCUUUGGCCGUCCCGUUUUUGGCUACAACGCCCACUACGACGUCGAAGAUUGGGUCGAGAAGAAAUGUGCUUCCUGCCUCGAUGGGUCUCUAGACCCUCCCCCGCAUCUCCGCCCCCCUCCACCAAUCGAAGCUAUUCCGGUGGCGGAGCCGCUUGGUGGGCCGCCGAACAUCAAGGAAGGUGGCGAUGGCGAUGGCGACAGGGAACGCGAGAAUUUGCAGUCGGUGCCUCCCGGCAGUGGCGGAUGAACAAGAAUAUGAGGAAGCAACAUUGGAAUCAAGGCGGAGACGAUUUUAAUGAGGAUUGUGACAUGUAAAGAAUGCGAGAAGUUAUACGUCAUUAGCUUCCUACUUAACUAGGGUGCUUAAAGAUAGUGG